AACGACAGAACCACAUGAAACCACGAAACAGACUGUCCUCAGCAGCAAAGCAAGAUCGAAAGACCGAGAGAGAGAGAGAGAGAGAGAGAGAGAGAGGUGGACGGAUCGAGCGCUUGACGCAUAACCCCGCCUCCUCGGCUCAGAAGGUGGAAAUCCUGCCCUAGUUUACCACAUUCAGCGCACCUCGUUUACCACGGUGCCAGGGUUCCUUACACCUUUACGUAUUCGUUCUCCAUUUAUCUGCUUUUAAGAUAGAAGAGCUUUUAAACGGAUUCGCCAGUACACCUGUUUAAGAAGUGCUUCACAUGCGUUAAGUAUGAAUUGCUGAGGGAUUUUUUGCCAAUCGAGCUCCAGCUGUAUCACCCCGGGCAUCAGAUCAUCCGUCACGUUCAUGAGAGGGGCGACAGACAGCGCGAUGGACCCACAAACCGCCUGCUGAUGUUCAGGGUCCACGAUGGAUUCCUGCGUGUCUACUUCAGCAUUCCCAUAUAACGGAAUCAUAAAUGGAGGAGGAGAGUGACAGCCGCAAAAUUAACAACAGCUUCCUUCGGGACCACAACUAUGCAACCGAAGCUGACAUCAUCUCUACUGUGGAGUUCAACUCUACUGGAGAGCUCUUGGCCACAGGAGACAAGGGAGGAAGAGUUGUGGUUUUCCAAAGAGAGCAAGAGAGCAAGAACCAGCCUCACAGACGUGGGGAGUAUAAUGUUUACAGCACGUUUCAGAGUCACGAGCCGGAGUUUGACUACCUGAAGAGUUUAGAGAUUGAGGAGAAGAUCAAUAAGAUACGCUGGCUGCCUCAGCAGAAUGCUGCAUACUUCCUGCUCUCCACCAAUGAUAAAACUGUGAAACUGUGGAAGAUCAGUGAGAGGGAUAAGAGACCAGAAGGAUAUAACCUGAAGGAUGAAGAUGGAAGAAUCAGAGACCCGGCCACCAUCACCACAUUACGGGUGCCAGUACUGCGGCCUAUGGACCUCAUGGUUGAGGCCGCACCUCGGAGAGUGUUUUCCAAUGCACACACAUACCACAUCAACUCCAUCUCUGUCAACAGUGACUACGAGACCUUCAUGUCCACCGAUGACUUAAGGAUCAACCUGUGGAACCUGGAGAUCACAAACAGAAGCUUCAAUAUUGUAGACAUUAAGCCUAUGAACAUGGAGGAGUUAACGGAGGUGAUAACGGCAGCAGAGUUUCACCCUCACCACUGCAACACCUUCGUCUACAGUAGCAGUAAAGGCUCCAUACGUCUGUGUGACAUGAGGGCAGCAGCGCUCUGUGACAACCACUCGAAAUUUUUCGAGGAGCCAGAAGACCCAAGCAAUCGUUCCUUUUUCUCUGAAAUCAUCUCCUCCAUCUCUGACGUAAAAUUUAGCCACAGUGGGCGGUACCUGAUGACACGUGACUACCUGACUGUAAAGGUCUGGGAUCUGAACAUGGAGAGCAAACCACUGGAAACCUAUCAGGUACAUGAUUACCUAAGAAGUAAGCUCUGCUCGCUGUAUGAGAAUGACUGCAUCUUCGAUAAAUUUGAAUGUGUUUGGAAUGGAUCAGACAGCGUGAUCAUGACUGGUUCCUACAACAACUUCUUCCGAAUGUUCGACCGUAAUACGAAGCGUGAUGUGACACUGGAGGCGUCCCGGGAGAACAGCAAGCCUCGGGCAAUUCUGAAACCUCGUAAGGUGUGUGUGGGCGGAAAGCGCCGCAAAGAUGAAAUCAGUGUGGACAGCCUGGACUUCAGCAAGAAAAUUCUCCACACCGCCUGGCAUCCUUCCGAGAACAUCAUCGCUGUGGCAGCCACCAAUAACCUUUACAUAUUCCAGGAUAAGGUCAACUAGCACAACUGUACCACCUCCACAUGUUCCUGAGAAGAGAGAGAAAGAGGAAAAAACGCUGUAGCCCAGCAGGAUAUUCCAGGGUGUGUUUUGUGAUGAGAAACAUGAAGUUACCUAUGAUGUGGGCAGAAGUAUGAACAGAUUGUGCUGGGUAAGAAGGCCAUGUUGUGCAAGGAUGCUGCCAGACUUUCACAAACAAGAAGCAUCCUGCCCUGCACAAUCAUUCUUCCUCUAUUAAGUACCUGCAUUUCUUCUUCCAUAAACUCUUGUUUAUUUAUCGUAUUUAUUCAUUUCUCUGCUGGAAGGAAAUGCCUGACUCUUUAAAUCUGGACAAACGUGCAUUUUCAUUGCUAUGAAAAAGAAUAAAGAAUCUUUAAUAAGGCAAAAACAAACCUUGAAUAAGACGGGCCUCCGCAGACAUACUGGCAUCAGAAAAAAAGGGGUGCCUUUACAAAAAACAAUGGAUUUUCAUUCCCUUUGAAACACAAUGCUCUCCAACUUCCUCCGAAGUGUCUGACUGAUCCGUAACAGACUAAGAAUGUGACACUGCGAUGAUUGUAGUGUUGAAACAAACAAUCUGUGGAUGGAAUCACAGUAGUGUCCUGAUCGGUCCUCUUGAAAGGAGCUCUGAAGUAAAGUCAAUCCCAUUGGUCAUGUUUUGUCAAUCCAUGUUGUCGUCUUAUUUUGAUGUAAGUAACCAUUAACAAGCUGUGGUGCCUUCUUUUCGUAUGUGGGUACUUGGGCGGCAGACGGGGUGGUGGGUGGGAGGGUUUUCGGAAGGGUGGUAAUUGGGUUGUGAAGUGUGAAUGUUUUUACAAGAAAUGUGAAGAAUAGCUUUGUGUAAGAAAGGAAAAGAAUUGCAGCGACAUGAUUUUACAGUACACAGAAUUGAAGUACUUGAAUUCUGCAUUAUAGUCUUCACUUUAUCUCAGUAUUCUCAUAACUUUACAGUAUACCCUGUUUUUUUUUUUUUUUUUUUUUUUUAAAUUCUUCAGUGCCGUGCUGGGUGAAAAGUAUUAUUGCAUGCAACAUGUCAUCUAUAAUGAGCCAAUGAAGAAAAUACACUGCCCGGCCAAAAAAUUUUUUAAAUAAGCUCGAUUUAAUUUUUUGAUUUAAAUAGGCAAAUGCUAAAGAGUCUAUGAUUUGAUCAUUAUUGCAGUGAUUAUGAUGUUUCUAGCAUGUUAUAUGUUUGGCAUCAGUUCUUCUAACACUAAUUGAUGGAGUGUGUAGCUUUUCAUUUCUUAAACAACCAUGUAGGAAGACACAUCAUGGCCACCAGGAUGACAAUGUCAAGAUUUAUCAGGCUCAAAUUGUGAAAGAAUGGUUUGGAGGGAGCAUGAAGAAUCAUUUUCAAACAUGAUUUGGCACCUAUGCAUCCAAAAAGUUGAUGCACCUCUUGAUGGAAAUAAAUGUUGUGAUAUAAUUUCAAUCAGGAGGUGCAUCAAUUUUUGGUCAAGAUCUUGUAUUCACAAUGCAAGAGGUGAGCACUCUGUAAAGUCUACUCCAGCACAUCCCAAAGACUUUUAAUGAAUUUAAGGUCUGGACUCAGAGAUGCCAAUUCAUGUGUGAAAAUUAUGCUUCAUGCUCCCUUCCAACCAUUCUUUCACAAUUUCAGCCUGAUGAAUCUUGACAUUGUCAUUCUGGAAUAUGGACACAUCAUGGAAGUAAUAACAAACGAAAAGCUACACACUCCAUCAAUUAGAGUUAGAAGAACUGUUGCCAAACAUAUAACAUGCUAGAAACAUAAUAAUCAAUGGAAUAAUUAUCCAAUCAUUGACUCAAGACUUUUCCUAUUUAAAUACAGACAGCGACUUAUUUUUUGGGCCGGGUGUGUACAUGUUCCACACCAUCAAAUGAACCUGUAACAAUCAGAUGUCAUCUUUUUACAUGCUUUCUGCUGCAUCUGUCUGAGACUGUUAAAACGUCAUAAUUCAGUUACGUUACUUUGGCCUGAGGAUGACAGGAAUGCCGGUAUCAUAAUGUAGCCUAUACAUGACGUGAAGGUUAAAUGAUAUCAGGGAAUUUUAUUAUGUACAAAUAAACCAGUAAUGUUCUCUUCUGAAGGAUAAAAACUUCAGUUGUAAACUUCUUAAUGAAACAAAGUUUUAUAGCUCAGAAUGUAUCUACAUCCAAUUAUUUGCCAUGCAGUCUUUAUGCUUAAUGGAAUUCGUUGAAAUAAAAAGAAACGAAAAGGAAGUUGAAAUAAA